AUGACGCGAGUUCUACUCACAGGAGGAAGCGGCUUCAUCGCCGCACACACACUCGACAUCCUGCUAGACCACGGACACAGCGUGGUUACCACGGUGCGCACGCAGGAGAAGGCGGACAAGAUCAAGGAGUCGUACAAGAGCGCAGUCGAGAAGGGCCAAUUGAGUUUCGCAAUUGUGCCGGAUAUUGCACAGCCGGAUGCUUUUGAGAAGGCAGUCAUCUCAGACCCUCCGUUCGAGGCUGUACUUCACACUGCUAGUCCGUUCCAUUUCAAUGUUACAGACGUACAAAAGGAUUUGAUUGACCCUGCAGUCAUUGGAACAACUGGAAUCUUGAAGUCGAUCAAGAAAAGCGCGCCUUCCGUCAAGAGCGUCGUCAUCACAUCCUCGUUUGCCGCCAUCGUUAACGGAAGCAAAGGCUUCUGGCCGGGACACUCGUACUCAGAGGACGAUUGGAACCCUAUCACACAAGAUGAGGCGCAGGAGAACCCAAUGAUGGGAUACAGAGCGAGUAAGACGUUCGCUGAGAACGCGGCAUGGGAGUUUGUCAAGAACGAGAAGCCCAACUUUACCAUCUCUACGAUCAACCCCCCAAUGGUGUUCGGGCCAAUUGUACAUGCUCUAGACAGUCUCGACAACAUGAACACAUCAAACCAGCGAAUCCUGUCGGCCGCACAGGGUAAAUUCAAGGACGAAAUUCCUGCCAGUGGAGUACAUCUGUGGGUGGAUGUCCGCGAUGUUGCAGAGGCACACGUAGCUGCGUUCGAGAAGCCAGACGCUGCCAACAAGCGCUUCUUCGUCACGGCUGGAUACUUCUCCAACAAGGAGCUAUGCCAGAUCAUCAAGAAGAACUUCCCAGAGUUUAAAGACCUGCCCAGCGACGACACACCUGGCGGCGACUACCCAGAAGGCACUCCUGAGAAGGGUCUGUAUGGAUACAACAACAAGCGCUCCAUUGACGUUCUUGGCCUGAAGUACAAGACUUUUGAGCAGUCCAUCGUUGACUCUGUCAAGUCAUUCCAGAAAAAGGGGUUGUAG